AUGGCGUCACCCUUGUCCUGGGGCCUGCAGGGCAAUUUCCAAGGAUGCAUUGAGGGUUACCAUGGAAUGAUGGGGAUUUAUCUGAAGUUGAUAUCUCUACUAAGUGAUAUAUCAAACGACGAACAGUUUUCCGACGAGAAAUUGCUGCUGAAUUUUGAAAAACUACCCUCAACCCUGAAACAGCUUGCAGCAAUGGGCCGAGAACUCGAAUCAGUCAAUCUUCUCCAGGUUCUCAAUCCAAAGAAACAGACGUUUCGAUGUUUUGCAUCUCUAAUGCUAGCAUACAACCAGUAUUCACCGCUCCCUUACGGCAAGGAAUUGCUUUCAACGCUUUUGCAGGAGUUCCUUGAUGCAGCAGCAAAGUCAGCCAGUAACAUUAUCUCUAUCUUGCUCGCGUUAGAGAAACACCAGCAGCUAAAUAGCUUCUUGCCUUUCGAUGCAGAAUGCCUGUUUCUCGCAACAUCGUUCCUCACACUAUUUGCUUUAAUUAACCCAGAGAAGGUUAACUGCCGAUUUUAUGCUUUGACUUGCCAUCUUCUGAACGCCUUUAUAUCUCAAGGCAAUGCUGCGGCAUCUUUUAAGAAGUUGGAACUUGAAAGACUAUGGAAAGUAAUUUGGACCUUGCAGCUGACAAUUGCGUGA